AUGCCUCCUCCCAGGAGGCCACAGGAGUACGGCCAGCAUCCGCCUCAGCGAGAUGCCGCCUACGCCAACAUCUUCGGCGCCUCUCCAGGCCCCGGCCGAUCGCACACCAUGACCUCCUCGUCGCAGCCCCCUCCGAUGAUGCACUCGGACCGCACCCAGACCAUGUCGUCAAUGUCUUCGAUGCAACGGCAGCCGCCUCCUCGAGCACCCCAGGGGCCUGGGUACGACCGAACCCGCACCAUGGACUCGAGCAUGGCAAACGGGUACUACCCAGGCCAAAGAGUUAUGCCUCCUGGUCCACAGAUGCCGUCUCAGCAGUACUUGCAGCAGCAGCGGCAGCCUCAUGGCCCGCCAGGCCGAUAUCCUCCUGGCCCGAUACCCCCAAGAUUCGAUCAGAGAGGACCCCCACCAGGCGCAUAUGGUGUCCGGACGCCAGCACAAAGAUUCUAUCAGAACGGUGCAGGCCCCGCUCCGGCGUUGAACUCCGACUCGUACCGAUCCCAAUCUCUCGCCGGCCCUCCGAGGCAGCCGAUGUAUCAGGCCCAGUCGAACUCGAUACAAAACGGCCCACCACAGCAGGCCCCCGCAAAUGCCUUUCGGCAUGCACCGUACAGCUCGAGCUCUUCUCGAACGACCGCCCAGGGUCGUGUGGUACCCGAGCGCCAUGAUGAAAGGGCCAUGUCAAUGACUGGUGGUUACCCGGGGCACGAACGUGAUGCGCACCAGACCAUGAGCGGGAGGGUGAUCCCGAACAGGAGGGCGCCUUCAGUGGAGGUCUCACAGGAUGGACAGAAUGGAUACAACGGGUUCACGCCUGCUCCUGGGGCACAGACGAGGUCUAGUGUGCAGUCGUCGGCCAGCGGGGACAGCGGUAGAACCAUGUCCAUGGCUUCCACCAUUGCGCCCUCUAUAUCCGAGAGGUCUGACACCACAUUAACACACCGUCCCUCAAUGAGCUAUUCCACGACGGACGGGGUGGAACGGCCGCCCACGGCGAAGAUACGGCCACCACUGGUCUACCCCGCGCUCCUUUCCCGCGUUGGCGAGUGUUUCCGGGAGAAGAUCAUCACUGGAGACCGCACGAAGAACGAACUGACCUACAAGAACGCAUUCAGUGGCUCGGAGGCAGUGGACGUGUUGUCGUACAUCAUUAGGACCACGGACCGAAACCUCGCCCUGUUACUGGGCAGAGCAUUGGACGCCCAGAAGUUCUUCCACGAUGUGACGUACGAGCAUAGGCUUCGAGACUCGGCCUCUGAGAUGUACCAAUUUCGGGACAUAAUGAUGGAAGAAGGCAGCGACAAGCCUCCAGUAAACGGUGUCUUCGUCCUCUUGUCCGAGUGCUACUCCCCGACUUGCACACGAGACCAGCUAUGUUACUCGAUUGCCUGUCCUCGGCGCCUGGAGCAAGUCUCGCGUCUGAAUUUGAAGAUUGGUGCUGGGCUCAAGAAGGAGGAAGCGCCGCCCAACGACGACGACGACGUGGACCAGACGGACGAGCAGAAGCUCUGGAUCAACACGGUGCCGAAGGAGGUCGCUGAUAGCGUGAGUGAUAAGGAAAAGAAGAGACAAGAGGUUAUAUCUGAGAUUUGUUACACGGAACGGGACUUCUGCAAAGAUUUGGAGUAUCUGCGAGACUUUUGGAUCAACCCUCUUCGGUCGAAAGCGUCGCCUAUCCCCCCUCAGCGAAGAGAAAAGGUGGUGCGCAACAUUUUUAGCAACAUCAUCGAUCACCCCAGUAUACAUGCGGUGAGCUCCAAGCUGGCCAAGGGCCUCACAGAUCGACAGUCGAACGGCCACGUCGUGCGGAACAUCGGAGACAUAUUUAUGGAAUGUGUCCCGCUUUUCGAGCCGUUUAUAUUGUACGGGUCCAAGCAAUUGGAGGCGAAAUACGAGUUCGAGAACGAGCGAUCUAUCAAUCCCCAAUUCAGCCGAUUUGUGGACGAGAUCGAGAGGCGGAAGGAGUCGAGAAAGCUGGAGUUGAACGGUUACUUGACCAAGCCAACAACCAGAUUGGCGCGUUAUCCCCUUCUGCUCGAGAACAUUCUCAAAUACACAGAAGACGGGAACCCGGACAAGGAAGAUAUCCCGAAGGUGCUGGUCAUGGUACGUGACCUGCUAACAAGGGUCAACGCUGAGUCCGGGAAGGCAGAGAACCGUUUCAAUUUGCGGCGUCUGCACGAUCAGCUCAAAUUCCGGCCAAACGAGAAGGUAGACUUGAAGUUGACGGACGAGGGCCGUGAGCUUGUCUUCAAGAGCAACUUCAAGAAGUCACCAACAGAAAAUACGGAUAUAACCGCGUUCCUUUUCGACCACGCUGUUCUGCUAGUCAGGAUAAAGCAAGUUGGCAAAACGGAGGAAGUCAAGGCCUACCGCCGGCCGAUCCCUCUAGAAUUACUGUCAAUUAAGGAGAUGGAGGAAGUCAUCCCAUCAGCAGGCGCCCCCCGAAGAUCCACCUCCGGCUUGCUGCCAAACAUAAGGAACGAGGUCGGCAAGAAAGGGGAGGGCUGGCCCAUCACGUUCAAGCACAUGGGCAAAAUGGGAUAUGAGCUGGCACUCUACGCAUCCACACAGACUGGGAGACAGAAGUGGCUUGAGUUCAUCGAUGCUGCGCAGCAAAAGUUGAGGGCGCGUGUGGACUUCCUCAACACCACCAUGAUUUCACAAGGAUUCUUCACAGGCGUGAACAAGGUCAACUGUGUUGCUCCUUUCGAUGGCGGUAGGAAGUUGAUAUACGGCACUGAUGCGGGUAUCUAUGUGUCGGAUCGCAAGUCAGGCGGUCAGCCGCGCAAGAUUCUGGAGGCGACCAACGUCACCCAGAUCGAUGCGCUGGAGGAGUACCAGCUUCUCUUGGUUCUCUCGAACAAGUCGCUCAUCUCGUACAACCUGGCAGCGCUUGACCCCAACGAAUCCGCGCUCUCCAAGAAGCCCAAGAAGAUUCAGAGCCACUGCAGUUACUUCAAGGCAGGCAUCUCCAUGGGUAGGCAUCUGGUGUGCUGUGUUAAGCCCACGACACUUUCCACCACCAUCAAAGUGUACGAGCCCAAUGACGCUAUGUCCAAGAGCAAGAAGCAGAAGGGUUUCAGCAAAAUGUUCAACGCCGGCCAAGACGAGCUCAAACCAUUCAAGGAGUUCUACAUCCCGACAGAGUCUACAUCUGUGCACUUCCUGAAGUCGAAGCUGUGCGUGGCUUGUGCUCGCGGUUUUGAGGUCGUAUCCUUGGAGACGCUUGAAACACAGUCCCUGCUCGACCAGGCGGACACGUCGCUGGACUUCGUGGCUCGAAAGGAAGCUGUGAAGCCGAUUCACAUCGAACGUCUCAAUGGCGAAUUCCUGCUGAACUAUUCCGAGUUCUCAUUCUUUGUUAACCGAAACGGAUGGCGGGCAAGGCCUGAGUGGAGAAUCGACUGGGAAGGAACGCCUCACAGCUUCGCACUCUCCUACCCCUGGAUCCUGGCUUUCGAACCCAACUUCAUCGAGCUUAGGAAUAUUGAAUCUGGUGCGGUGCACAUCGUGCCGCACAAGAACAUUCGCAUGUUACACAGCAGCACACACGAGAUAUUGUUCGCAUAUGAAGAUGAAAAGGGCGAGGACGUCGUUGAGGCCAUGGAUUUCUGGAAGAGUCAACGAAAGAGCACCAUGCCUGACGGCGGGAUGAACUCACCGAUCGGACAAUACGCCAGAAUUACGCAAUAG